UUUUUUUGUGGAUAUUCUUUCUUUUCGUUUCUUCCUCUUUAUUUCAUUUAUUUUUUUUUUAAUAGAUCGUAUUAGAAUGACAAAUGAAGUGACAUCUGAGAAACUAGCUCAAGUUUUCAAUAGUCUUGAAACUGGAACUCGAUUUGCGACAAUGGAAAACACGACUGAAAAAAUACGACGAGAACUUGAACAAACUUUUCUUACACCACAAGAAACAUUUCCAACAUCAUGGCUGAAUAAGUGUCAAGAACAUUGGGAUGAAGAACCAGACUUUUAUUCAUUUGCUCAUGAACAAUUGGCCAAACCUAGAACUGAUAUACAAGUAGUACGUAAAGGAUAUGACGGUGAUAUCAUUGGUUAUCGUGAAGCUUUACAAGAUGAUCCAAACCUUUUGGCAACCAAUUCAACAAGUUUAACUCGCGCUUUUGGUUCCACGAAAGACUUUGUAAGAGGAAAAGCUUCUCAGUUUCCUUUUGCACCUGGUGGUUUGGAAGUUGAAGUUAUGGAUGAAACAGCAUUACAUUCGAACCAAAAGGAUAAUGUCGACGUUAUUAUUGAUCUUACAUUUUUGGAAGACUUGGAUACUCCAGCCAUAGCUCCAGGCAUUGACCGUGGAUUACGAUUUGAAGACGAACAAGAACAUUUAGCUCCAGUAUCAACAAAAAUAUUCAGUAUUGAAGACAUGAUCAAGCCUGAUGACACUUCUUUUGAUUUUCUGGAAGUUAAAACAACUGAAGAAGAACGAAAUGAAUUGACAACUACUACGGAAAAAGAAUCUGGAUCGUCUGACGUACAAGACGUCGAUUCUUUGCUACCUGCUCAAAUACCUCAAGCUCAACCUACUACUGUCCUAUCAAAGAAAUUGAAAUCCGUCAAUGAAGCUCACAAGCGACGUGAUUGGGCUCACGAAAUCAAUGUCAAUCAACCUUUCGAUAACUUUCAUGAAAUGGUACCAGAAAUGGCUCAACAUUACCCAUUUGAACUUGAUACCUUUCAAAAGCAUGCUGUCUAUCAUUUGGAAAUGGGUGAUUCUGUUUUUAUAGCAGCACAUACAUCAGCUGGCAAAACUGUAGUGGCAGAUUAUGCAAUUGCAUUAGCUUCAAAGCAUAUGACAAAGGCUAUUUAUACUUCACCCAUCAAAGCUUUAUCGAAUCAAAAAUUCCGUGAUUUUAAACAUACAUUUGGUGAUGAUGUUGGUAUCCUUACUGGUGACGUCCAAAUUCGACCUGAAGCUAGCUGUUUGGUGAUGACAACGGAAAUUCUACGAAGUAUGCUGUAUCGUGGUGCUGAUCUCAUUCGGGAUGUGGAAUUUGUUAUCUUUGAUGAAGUACAUUAUGUCAACGACUUGGAGCGUGGUGUGGUAUGGGAAGAAGUCAUUAUUAUGUUACCAGCACAUGUCAAUAUUAUUUUACUAUCUGCUACUGUACCAAAUACAAAGGAAUUUGCUGAUUGGGUUGGCCGGACCAAGAAAAAGGAUAUCUAUGUGAUCAGUACCCUCAAACGUCCUGUACCCUUGGAACAUCAUCUAUAUGCUGGAAAAGAGGUGUUUAAGAUUGUUGGAGCCCACGAAACAAAACUCAAUGGCAUCGAAUAUAAAAAAGCUAGCGAUGCUUUAUCGAAACGCAAGGAUCAACGAGAAUCAUCAAAUGGUGGUCGUGGAGGAAUCGCAGCUGGACGAGGUGGAAGAGGUGGUGGCCGUGGUGGAACUGUGGUACGUACUCCUGUGAAACAAAUUGGAAAAAGUUAUCAACAAGCAUUACAAACGGAUCGGAAUAUGUUUGUUCAUUUGAUUGGCCACUUGAAUACCAAGCAAUUAUUACCUGUGGUCAUCUUUACCUUUUCCAAGCGUCGAUGUGAAGAAUAUGCUAGUAGUCUUUCCAAAACUGAUUUAUGCUCUAGCUUGGAAAAAAGUGAAAUACAUGUUUUUAUUGAACGCAGUCUUGUACGCCUACGUGGUACCGAUAAAGAACUUCCUCAAAUUCUCAGAAUGCGUGAUUUGCUCUCUCGAGGUAUUGCUGUGCAUCAUGGUGGUUUAUUACCAAUCAUCAAAGAAAUUGUUGAAAUCCUAUUUGCUCGUGGACUUGUCAAGGUGUUGUUUGCUACCGAAACAUUUGCCAUGGGAGUCAAUAUGCCAGCGCGAAGUGUUGUAUUUUCUGGAUUACGAAAGAACGAUGGGCGUGGAUUCCGUGAUCUUUUACCAGGCGAAUAUACUCAAAUGUCAGGUCGUGCUGGUCGUCGUGGUCUUGAUUCUACUGGUAUGGUGAUUAUUGCUUGUAGUGGUGAUGAACCUCCCUCGGCUGCAUCUCUCAAUACAAUGAUUCUAGGAAAACCUACAAAACUUGAAUCGCAAUUCCGGUUGACAUAUAACAUGAUUCUCAACUUGCUUCGGGUAGAGGCGCUCAAGGUAGAAGAAAUGAUCAAACGAAGUUUCUCUGAAAACAGUAAUCAACGACUUUUACCUGAUACUCAACGACUUAUGGACGAAAAUGAACUCAAACGAAGCGCACUCAAACAAGUGGAUUGUACAAUCUGUAGUCCUGAUCUAUCAACAUUUUACGACAUAUGUAGUCAAGUGAUUCAACUUUCUCGUACCAUGAUCCAACAAUUUAUUGUCAAUUCAGCAGUAGGCAACCGCGCCCUUUGUACAGGUCGACUUGUGAUCAUUAAUACAAGUAUUUAUCGCAAUGUUCCUGCUGUUAUCUUACGAUCCCUUCCUGCUGCAGCUGGAUCUGCGAAUCAACAGAAACAGCUCCGAUGUAUGGUGUUAGUACCCAAGAAUCUAGAACCAAAUGUCAUGAAAGGGGAAGAAGAAGCACCAUUACCAGUGACAUCUAUUACCGUCGUGAAGGCCGACAAUAGUCAAACAGAAAUUGUGACCAUAGGAGCUGGUGAUAUUAUCUUGGUGACCAAGUCUAUACUUAAGACCAAUGCGGAUGUACUUUUGACUGGACAAAACGAUAUGGAAUUGGCACUUGCUAAACAAGAAUUGGAAACAUUUGGUGUGAUGGCUCGAAAAGGUGACAUCUUCGAGUUCGAUUGGCAAAAAAUCAAAGAUAUAGAAUUCCAAGAAAUGCUCAAGACAAAAACAAGCUUAAUUCGACGAUUACGAACCGAGUUUCAAUGUACAAAAUGUCCUGAUCUUGAUGAUCAUUACGCUUUGAUGCAUGCUCAUAAACAUCUCUCUGGUCAAAUCGAUAUGUUGAAACUCACUAUUUCUGAUCAAAACUUGGAACUACUACCAGAUUAUCAACAACGAAUUCAAGUACUUCAACAAUUGAACUAUAUAGAUGAUCAAGGAACAGUACAACUAAAGGGUCGUGUGGCAUGUGAAAUCAACUCUGCAGAUGAACUCUUGCUAACUGAACUUGUACUGGAUAAUGUGUUUGCUGAUUUUGAGCCUGCCGAAGUGGUUUCCCUUCUAUCUGCGUUUGUCUUCCAAGAACGAAAUGCCAGUGAACCAAGAUUGACUCCCAAAUUGACAAAAGGAAAAGAUAUCAUUUUGACUUAUGCCCGCAAGGUGGCUCAAAUUCAAGCUGAUUGUGGAUUACCCAUUUCAGUGGAAGAUUAUGUGAAUGGUCUCAAGUUUGGGUUGGUAGAAGUCGUCUAUGAAUGGGCUCGUGGUUUGCCUUUCAAACAUAUUACUGAUUUGACUGAUGUCCUAGAAGGAUCCAUUGUUCGAUGUAUUAGUCGUUUGGAUGAAACUUGCCGUGAAGUGAUGGGAGCUGCUAGAAUGGUAGGGGAUACAAGUUUAUAUAAGAAAAUGGAACAGGCUGAAGAAGAUAUCAAACGAGAUAUUGUUUUUGCGGCUAGUUUGUAUUUUUAAUCUAUACCAAAAUGAUAUAAAAUUAGACUUUUUUUGUUUUCAUUUUUUUGUAUGCGCAGGUUCAGCGGAGUGAAAAUGCAGGUUUUAUUUUUGGGCAUGAAUUUUUUUUUUUUUUAAAAAAUAAA